AUGCCUAUGCCGCUACCAACAGAUCCAUUCAAGGCUCAUCAACGGGUGGAUUGGGAUGCAGCGACACCCUUUGUAUCAGAUGCGUUUCCGCUUCUAUCUGCUCCUCCACCGCCUAGAAUGCGACCCCGCCCGAACCCUUCCGAUAUCGUUGAAUGUCGACCUACCGACAUUGAACGACUCAGCCUCCCAGUACUUACGAUGGAUGAUCAACCCAUAGGGCCCUCAGAAACACCUCCACUAACGCUGAAGAUCCUUCCAAGAAGAAGCCGACCUUAUUCUGAAUUCUCGAGAAGAAGAGGCGUUUGUGGCAAGCGGACACGAACCACAGAUGAGAAGCGAUACGAGGAGAGUAUUUUCAAGUCUGCUACACUCCAAUAUUCAGGCAUCUCGGGUAAGACUAUCUACGCCGACCCUGUUGUCACAUCCAAGGAAAUGACCGGGGACAUCAAAAGUUCUUCUUUUGGCAGCAAAACGGGUUCAGAUGAAGACUCUUUCUACGUACCAACUCCAAGAUUCACGUUGACCACAAGAUCAGCCCUACCGCAUGUACUUCGGCUAUCCGAUUGA